AUGAUAAAUUUAUUUUGUUGUUUACUGCUAUUGAGUUCUUCUCUUCUCUUAGACACAUGCCGCUCGCUGCAAUUCAGAAGUGACCAUAUCUUGCAAGGGAAACGUCUAAGACAUCACGUGUUUCGUAGCGUUGAUGUCAUAGAUGCUGAAAUUUGUGAGAUGUUAUGUUUCUUGGACUCAAACUGCGUCAGUUUGAACUUUAAAAAAUCAACGAGCAAAUGCGAACUGAACAAUUCUACUUUCGAAGGACAGAAAGACAAGCUUGAGAGCAACUUGGACUAUCGUUACCAUGGAGCUAAGGUUCGCGUUUUGAGAUAACUAAUAUAAGUGAAAGAUCACAGUUGACAAAAUCCCGGGCUGACCCUCUUAUGGAAGAGGCUGGGACAAUGCCCGUAUCCUCUGUUCGGGUUGUAAUUUGCAGAUUUUGGUAUCAGUUAAGGUGUUCAGGCCGGAUCACCAAUAUCUUAAUGCUGUAUUUUUUUUUAUAUAUUUUUUUUUUUCGCACACAUGUGCUACUUGGGGCUGUCAUUAAAGGGGUGAAAAAAAGGUGAAAAAAGAGAGGAAGAAAAAAGAUAAAAAAAAUGAAUGAACGAACGAACGAACGAAAAAAAGGAAGACGCAAAAGGAUAAUUAAAAAAGUGAGAAUUCAGUGACAACUUCGUUCUCGUAAAACUGCCAUUUGCACCUGAACUGACUGGUCUCAUUCUGCUACUAACUAUCUGAAAUUAAGAAGAAAUAGCUGAACUUCAAACUAAAACUUAACGGAAAUAAUACAAGAAUACGUUAAGCAUAUCAGAUAGAUGUUACCUACUUUUUGAGAGGUAUCUGUAAGGAAAAACAUUUGUUAAUAUCAGAAACCGUGCCGAGAAAAAGCUAAUACGUUUUAAAGACUGAAAGUCUACGAGGCGGUAAGCUUGUAAAGAACUUAGAAAUAUUCUGAAUGACUAACUAUAAAACGCUAUUGAAUUCGGCUUUCGCAUGGUGCGAAGGAUUAUUCUGACUGAUUUCAGAGGAUGUUAUUCGAUACUCCUCGGCCUUCAGCCUCGGUGGAAAACGUCGUCCCGCCGAUCUGCAUAAUUCUGCACAUCCAACUCAGCGUCUUGUAAUAAAUUAUCUAAUCAGACAUUAAAAGCAUUUAUUUAGGACCUAAAUAAAGGGACGUACAACUCGGUCAGUACUUAUUUCCAUGCGCCAAACUGACGUUGACAGAUUAAUGAUUCGUACACAAAGUAAGGGUUAGGUUUAGGGUUAGGGUUAGGUUAGGGUUAGGGUUAGGGUUGUUGCUAUGUAUAUUCAAAUCAAACCAUUCGUUGUCAGCAAAUCCUGGGUUGUGUAGUGUUCAUGUAAGAAAAGUGAAAUGUUUUGUGAGAGCCACUGAGAGGAAAAUGUCAGUUUGGCGGAUGGAACAAGUGACGACCGUACAACUCCAAUCUUAUCGAUAUCGUCCCUUUCUUCCAUAGAACGCAUGUGCGAGGAAACCUUGCAAGAACAAAGCAACCUGUCAAACUGGUUUUACAGACAAAGGAUAUCGUUGUUUGUGUACUGCUGGUUUCAAAGGAAAUCACUGCGAGACUGGUAAUUCUCGAAAGAGUGUGUCCGUCGAACAAGCCUUUUUCUUCCCUGGCCAAAUUAAACAAAAAUACAUUAUUUCAUAAGCCCUUGAAAAAGUGCAACGAAACUUAACCUGAGCCACCCAAACAUUAAUCGGCCAGUCACAGGUCACUUAAGGUUUACAACAAAGAAUUCUGAAACACAAAAGAGGUUGGGCAGUUCGCUGGCCAAUAUAUGAAAAAAGACGAAACUCUUUCGAAUCUCAAGGUGCUAGUGGCCGAGUGACCCGUGACGUAGAUUUUUUAGAUCUCAUGCUGUGUGUUUUUCAUUGCGAAAUGCGACAUCUAAACCAAUUGAUAAAUUAAAUAAGCACCCUGGUGCACCUUUGAGUAAAAACCGGAGUUAUUAAAAAAUGGGUAGUAAUCGAGCGGGCAGAAAAGAGAAAGCCGGGGAGUGAGGGCAUUAUCCAAUUUGAAUAAACCUUUCCGUUGAUUUUAAGAGCCAGCAGGUCAUGUGGCAACGGGACUCUUACAUUGAUUGGAAAGAAUAACGAGUUCAAAACAAUGUAAAGGUCCAUUAAUAUCAAGAUCAUUUCACUCGUUAAUUUUUACUAACGGUCAGGUGCUCAUGGGCUCCUGAUAAACACAAAUAAACUACCUGGUUAAGCUUUCGAGGGAGAACUUAUGAUAUCUCCACGGGUGAAAAUUACAAUAUCCAUCUCUCCGCCCAUAUACCUUAUUAUAAAAAAUUGUCGCUCCAUGAAAUUAAGAAAAUUGGAAAUUAGGGCGACUUAAAUUAAUGCGAAUUUCAUGAAAACGACUUUCGAAUAAAGAAACUUAACGUGAAAGAGAGGGUAGCCAUUCAAAAUGAAAGAAAUUGCGUAAAUUUCACAGGAACUUCCGGUUACACGUAUUGUACACGAUCCGAAAUGGAAACUUUGUUCGUGGUACUGGUCACUUUUCACUGUUUUACUGUUUCUGCCGGAUCUCCUCUCUGAUAGAAUACUCCUCUUUUUUAAGUGACAAGAAUGACAAAAGUUUAUCGAGAUCGCGAAUUUGGGACCAAAAAAUGGAAGGUGCGGGAAAUUAACGCAACAUAAAUUAACGCGAAUUUUUGAAACUCGCGUUAAUUUCUUGAAGCGUUAAUUUCCCACAAUAAGUAAGAUCCCCUAUAUCUUAAGCAUUAUAAAGAUUUGCGCUUCAUCAAAAUAUUUGGACUCAAAGUGUUGAGUUAUUUCUUGAAGUUUCUUUCAUGCAAAGACUGUAAAUAUUUUUUCUUGCUUCAGGAAUUACCGAGUGCACUUCGAGGACACACAACUGUAGCGUGAAUGCUUACUGCCGUUAUACUGUGGACGGAUACAACUGCACUUGUCAUCCGGGAUAUUAUGGAGAUGGGUUUAUUUGUGAACAAGGUGAGCUGAUACAAAAAUUACUAAAAUUAAAUUACCUCUUGGUGCCCAUACCGCUUACAAAUAAAAGUUAGGCGCGGCGGCUUACAUUCCGUCGUAUUUUGACGGAGUUUCGCAGGGUUUUCACAGUGAUAUUGGGAGCAAAUUUUGACAGGCAUUCAGGAUUUAAGGAUAAUAAUGAAAGAACGUUCUACAAUCCAAUGAGUAUUUCAUGGACAUAUAGCUUGAACUCAUGACACCACUCAUCAACCACUUUGUCGUGAGUAAAUGAAAAACAAAUUGUGAAUUACUCAGCAUUCUGCAGUAUUUGUUUUCGAUAAAGUUGGAAGGUAUAAGUUCUCAAUAAGCUGUAAGUACAGUUCUCUUGAUAUAUAGCUAUCAAUCAAUCAAUCAAUCAAUUAAUUAACCUUUUAUAUUCCUCCUAAGAUAAAACAUAUAUCUUAAGUUACAUUUACAAAUGGAAGUCUAAAAAUAUACGUAAGCUAACUUACAAUAAAAAUACUCAGAAAGAUUAUAUCUAAAAAUAAGCCCAUUUAAAAAUACAUUCUCAAAUCUAUCAGACUUGAUUUCCGGGUGAUGACCAAUUCUGUUUCGAAGAUCAUACUUUGUUUCUUUCUUCUUCGGAAUCAUCAUCUAUUCAGUGAUUGUUACUAAGCGGGAAAUCGGGAUUCACUGAACGUACCUUGAAACGCUUCACUCCUGUCUGCCUUUUCUAAAAGGUCUCGAAUGUCCGUUAUCUUAGAUGUGUGUUUCCUUAAAGAGAAUCUAUUUAGCAAGUUUUGUAUGAUCUGAGUCUACAGCGCCAUAAACAGACAGACCAUAAGUGAACAGUCGCCUCUAAAAGACUCUAAAAAACACGCCCUAUUAAUCUUUGUGCUUAUUGUCACCGUCUACCUUUUUUAGGCAAGCAUCAAACCCAUUGAAGGAAAGCAGUAGUAGUAAAUUAAGACGAAAUUACUCAAUAUCUGAGUUUUAUAUUUCUGACGCUUGUUAAGGCAAUGGCUCUAGUUGUUUGAUUUAAUACUACCGUAUUUAUUCGAAUAAGCGCCCAACCUCGAAUUAGCGCCCACCUCGAAUAAGCGCCCACCCCUCCUCCUCGCAAUCAAACUCAAAUAAGCGCUCACUCCCACCCCAGCCUACCCUGCGAGCAGAGGCCCUUCGAUCUUAUCGAAGGGCCUCUGCUCGCAGGGUAACCCCAGCCACUUGAGUGAAUAAAUUCUAAUAAGAGACUUCCCCGAGGACGGAGUUUUCUUCAGAGUAUUUUACAGAAACUUUACUUUGUUAUUUCUUUGCGUUUUGUUAUUAGCAUUUAUUGUUUUGUUGCAAAAUACACAUACUUCACUUGCUGAAAAUGGUGAAAAUUUAAAAAGCGCCCAGCCUCGAAUAAGCGCCCACUCUCAAGGUCCAAAAAUUUUUUAAGCGCCCAUGGCGGUUAAUCGAAUAAGUACGGUAUUCCGGCUCCUUUCCCCAACUUGGAAAUUAAAUCACAUCACCCCUGGCAAAACAUUUUUCAAAAUUUAAGGUAGAAAUGAAAUAAUCAAUGUAUUUUUCCUUCAAGAAAAAUCUACGGUGAACUAUGAACUAGCUUUAAAGUAUCUGUACUUAUAUAUUUUUUCUUUUUCAUUGGAUCACAGUUUUAUCUUGCAAAGAUAUUUUCGACAAGAAAAUGUAAGUGGAUUAGUAUAUUAUAACAGUUAUUUUCCGGCUGCUUAAGGCACUUGAUUUGAUUUGAGAAAUCAUUAUUAUCCGUUAUUUUCUCUGUCUUUUUAUCUAAUUCUUCAAUUUAGAUCUAACGUGUCCAAUGCGUACCCGCUUGUUAUUGGGAAUGAGGUUAUCGAUGUUUACUGUCACAUGACCAUGGCCGAGACUGGAAAUGAAACAUGCGGUUAUGGCGGAUGGACGCUGGUCAUGAAGAUUAACGGAAAUAAGGUAUCCUUACAGUCGUUUCGAGGGCGUGGAAGCCUAGCUGUUUAUUCCUGGGUGAACUAAAAAUAGAAAAUGGGGUUGACUGCUAUCCGAAGACGAAAUAGCUGAAUUUCAAAGUAACUGAACGGAAGAAAUGCAAGAAUGCGCAAAACAUAUCGAAUACGAUGGAUUAGGAUAAAGAUUAGGAUUUUUAGACUCUCGAAUUCGAUUCUGUAAACAUUCUUAAUAUUUCCCAGUUUUUAUUCAUAAACAUUCACAUUUUCUUAUGAUAGUUUUUUGCGUUAUCUAUUUUCAGGGGCACCCAACGGCAAUUUUCGGGAAAAUAUCUGUUCGGAAGACGAUUUGAGAACUAGAAUUUUCGGAACAUUUGUUGUAAAAUUUCUUGCUUGCCUGCCUCUCCUAAGAUUUUCGAAGAUCUACAAAAUGGUAUAAUUACCCAUUUUAAUCGGAUGUUUACCCUAAAAAAGGCCACCUAGAAUUUUCGGGAGCCUUUUCCAGGCUGAAAUUUUCGAAAAGGUAAGUUUUGAUCCCUAUAAUUCUCGGAUCACUAGACUUUCAGCUAGGAAAUCCGAACAGAUGAAAAGUUUUUAGGGGAUAAAAAUAUGUCUAUAUCUACCGUUUAAAUACUAAAAUACGUUCAACAAUGCUAUGUUAAGUGGUUUUGAACUAUAUCCUCGUUGGGUGCCCCUGUAUUUUUAAAACUUUUUGUUAUUUUAUGCGGCUAUACUUUGUUAACCUAUUUUAUAGUCAUAUUUGUAUCUCUAUUAUUGUAAUUAGGGCAUAAUAGCCAAGCAAAUGGAGUCCUAAUAAAUUGUAUGUAUCUAUGUACGUAUGUAUGUAUAUUGCUCGAUGGAUUUUAUCUUUUUUUUAUUUGAGGAGUAUCUGAGAGAAAAAGCAUCUCUUUUUGUCCUGAAACCGUGCCGAGAAAUAGGUUAGAAAGAGGCCUUCAGCCUCAGGGGUUAACAUCCUACGCGAUCUGCAUAAUUCUACUUCACAUCCUAUACUCAGCCUCAUUCAGUAUUUGCAAUAUUAUUGUUACAUAGCUAGAAAUUUCUUCCCAACCGCGCGCUCUCAUUGGUUACUUCGAGGUCGCAUGAGAACUAACAAUGAAACUGUUUCCCGCCAAAAUCUCUGAGCAGGCAAAAUUUAUGACGUCAGAGGGUAACAGUGCACUGUUACCCGCGAAUGUUGACCGACAACCGCCGUUACAACAAGGUUUAAUGAAUUUGCAGCUUCAAAAUUUCCAACUAUGUAACAAAUCACUUUAAGACGGGUCCCUCGGAACACAAAAGUAACUUUUUCCGUCGGGACUAGUACGUAAGUGUUUAAUAAUACUUAAAUGCACAGGGAUCAAUUGUGCUUUUCGCGAAAUUGUCGUACCCGACAUUAUCGCCUGUUUUCUAUUGUAAUUACAUUUAUAGCGAACGUUUCACUACGACUCCAGUCUUUGGAACAACAAAGAAGCCUUUAACCUUGACGGAGGGAAGACUGGGUUUGACACACAAGAGACCAAACUUCCCUCCUACUGGAACACAUCCUUCUCCAAGAUCUGCCUCGGUAUGAAGAUCGGUCAGCAGAUCAAGUUUAUUGUAAUCAACAGGACCGCCAGUUCCCUGUAUUCACUGAUCGCUGAUGGGCAAUACCGUAAUACUUCACUGGGUCGUGACACGUGGAAGUCGCUGAUUGGUUCUAAUGCCUCCUUGCAGAUCAAAUGUAACAAGGAAGGGUUUAACGCGCGGUGCGAUUGGAAGAAGCGCUCCAAAGCAAGAAUCGGUAUUGUAGGAAACAAUGAAAACAGCUGCGUUUCCUGCCAUUCUAGAAUCGGAUUUGGCACUGGAGGAAAACCGGAUGACUCUAUCACAUGUGGAAACCAAGCUCCUAGCAAUAGGGACAACGGUGCCAAGAACAUUAAGGCCAUGGGGUACAUCAUGGUGCAGUGA